GCUUCUUUUCCCAGGAUAUACAGCUGUUUGGAGGUAGUCCAGAGGUGUGUGUGUGUGGGGGGAGGGGGAGUUCAUUUAGUUUUAGGCUUGUGUGUCUCGGGUGGGCAUGUGUGUGUGAGUACAGGUGACUGUAGAGGUCAGAAGAGGGUGUCUGAUUCCUUGGAACUGGGGUUACAGUUGGGCACGAAUCUCUUAGAUGCAAGUGCUUGCUGGGAACCACAGUCAGGUCUUCUGCAGUAUACACCGUCUUCGCUCAGGGAUUUUUUUUCCCCCUUGCUGUAGCAGUGGCUGUUCUAGAAUUCUCUUUGUAGACCAGGCUGGACUCGAACUCAGAACUCAGAGAUUCACCUGCCUCUGCCUCCCGAGUGCUGGGAUUAAAGGUGUGCACCAUCAUUGCCUGCUUGGCUGAGGGAUUCUUAAGAUUUGUCAUUUUGUCGUUUCCCCUUGUCUAAUAAAUGCUGAUAAGACACUUCGCCUAAUGUCAAGCAAAGUCAUUCCAAAACCUGGAGUUUCAUGGGGAAGGCCUAGCAUUGAAAGUUCCCCUUGCUAUAUAGAUGGGGCAUUUAGGAAUUGACAUACAAAGAUCCUCAACCUUUAAUGCUAGUGAAAUUAGAGAGAGAUCUGCUUUAUUUUAAAGAAGGAAGUAAAACCGGGGGUGUGAGGGGUAAAGUCCAGGUUCUGAGAAAUUUAGGCUUUUUUUUUUUUUUGUCUCUUCUUUGGGUUUCUUGCCCCUGCUCCCCCUGGUGACCCCUGGUGGCAGUUGAAGUGACUCACUAAAGGAGAGAAGGGCGCAGGGAUGUGGAACACACAGUUGCUUCUUAGGAGAGGACCUGGUCCCAUGUGAAGUUUGGUAGGGAUUUCCCAGUCCCCCAUCCUGGCUUAUGAUACAAGGAUUCCUGUAUCUCCAAGAGACUUGGCAGGACAGAGCCACCGCUAUGAUUUGGUUAUUGUUAUUGGAUCCUGUUCCUAUCCUGUUGUCCAUGAAAUUAGAAUUAGCCUAGGCUGGUCUUUCUUUCACCAUAUAGCUUGGGUUGGCCUUUGAAACUCCAAAUCCUCCUGUCUCAGCCUCUGGAGGAGCACUUAGUAUUAUAGGCUACGCAUACACCAGCUACCAAGUCAGAAUGUAUGGCUGAAAAACCCCGGACUCGCUGACUCCCCACUCCCCAAAAUCUACACUCCCUGAAAGUAGCAGACAUGGUGUCUUAUCUAAGUAACCGGUACCUCCCUGACUGCCUGGAAGUCAUUUUGGAUUUUUUGUAUCUCAGCUGCCACAGACUCAAAGCAGGCUCAGCCUGAAGUCUUAACAGGAGAGAGUAAGGAGGACAAACUAACUAGAUUGGCUCUCCUUUAAGUGUAGCCAUUGUGAAACACUUAUGUCCACACGCUCAUCUGCCAAGGAAGAGUGUUUGAAGGAAGCAGAGAUUCACGUGUCUGUCAGGAGAAGGUGGGCUUCCUAGCAGCCUUCCUCAGGCACUGGGGUUCUCUGACAUUUUGUUUCCUGCCUUUGUGUUUGCUCUGGGCCUGUAGUGAAAUGACUCUUUCGUAUAUAUUAGUUAGGGAAUGCUAAGACGGCCUAGGAGAAGAGGCUGCGGUGGUGUUAGUUUCCCUGGCUUUUCUAUAUAAAAUAGUAAAAGCAAGCCAAGACUCUUGUUACGUGACAGAGGCUCCUACUGGGAUACUUAGGUGAACAAGUAAGAGAACAAGUGUGGAGUCAGCUGGGCGGAGGAAAAUAAAUAAAAUAACGGCUGUGCUCUCACUCCUGAGAGCCAGGCCGUGAGCUUGCUCUCCGUGGAUCCUGGAGCCCCAGACUCUGGCGGAGAGCGUGGGUGGGGAGGGAGGGGAGUAUUAUCUGGAAACACGUGUACUCAUUCCUUGUGAAAGAAGUGAAGUAUUUAACAUUUCUCCGAGGAAAACAUCUUUCAUUACUUGACGUGUUCUGUGGUAAUGAUUUUUCAGUUCAACAAACAAGCACUUAUUAGUGUUCGGCUGAGAACCUGGCUGAGGUGGUUGGCAGGGCCAUUUUUAAGGGAGCUGGCUGGAGAAGGAAGGGAAAGGGUGGAGUGGGGGAGAGGCUUGGCUUCUCCGGGUGGUCUCCAGAUGGUUCGCUUGGCAUGGCUGGGCAUCUCUGGGACAUACUCCGGGACUCUCUGAGCCUAGUGUGGUUGUCAGGUGGGCAUGGGUCCUUUUUUUUGUUUUUGUUUUUAUUUUUGUUUUGAUUAUGCAACCAAGAAUGGGUGGACCAUUAGUGUAACGAGUGACUUAGAAUGGGUAUACCUGGAGAAGCCAGCUGCUCUGCAGUGGGAAGUAUGGUUGAUUUGCUUGGAGGGAUAACAUAGAGGUAAGGGUAAAGAACCAAUCCGGACGUGGGUACAUUCCAUUGUUGUGAACUAACUUAUACAAGGAAAGGGGCCUAGGCCCCAGAAUUGAGCAGGUAUGUCUGCCUGGACCAUGAGCAGAGAGAUGGGCUCCUGAAAGCCACUGGCAUCACAUCCUAUCGCAACACAUCCUGCUGACAAUGCCCAGAGGUGUUGGGUGCCGGGGAGACUGCUGUGCUGCUUCUGGUCCUCUUGGGAGAGCAUGUGCUCUCCACUCGAAUCUGCCGUGGCCCCGACUCCCAACAUGGCCUUCAGCUUUGUUUGGUCUCUUUUUCUUCCAAUUAUAUCAUGAACAGGCUGGUUAAUCUGAUGGCAAUCCUGGCUCAAGAUGGCCUGUACCAUACCCAGCCUGAUGCUUCUACCAUGGUGCUAGUGAAAUUAGGAAGAGAGAGCCGGGGACUCUUUAAUGAGCCUGUGAUUCGAAUUUACCCAACAGCCCAACCCCGCCACGUGAGAGUCAAGUAUUGUUGCGCAGUGGCUCCCUGUAAGUAGGCCAUUUAUCUCAGUUCCCAGAUUCAGUGGGCUAGCCCACAGAUAAAAUCUAUCUAUGGGUUAUCUCAUCAUAGCUCCAAGAAAUGUAAUCUUGAUUUGCAUCUGAUGAUGGACUUUUAUUUAGUGUCUGACCAUUGUGUUUGAUUGGCUCUCAGAGCUGGCCUGGUGGUUCCCUCUGCCAUGUAUAGUAGAGAAUGGGGGUGUUAACUCUUUAUACUCCCCAGGAGCCCUUAGCAGCUUCUGUGGAUCUUGGUAGGAGGGCAGUAUUCUGGGCUGAGUCUCUCAAUUCAGUUGUUAAGCAUAUCAUGAAAUUCCAGAUGUAAUAAUAAAAUUUAUAAUGCUUGUGUUGUCAGGAGGCACAGGACUCAGUGACAGCUGAAGAAGAGGGUCAUCUUGUACUUCGAAUGUAAUGUGACGCAGGGUCUUGGCAGGGGAGGGUGACUUUGCCGUCAAGCAGAGAGACUGCACAUUGUGGUAAAUGGUAAUGCCAUUUUUUUUUCUUCUGGAGACACACUGGGGCAGUGGGAGAGUGUGAAGAAGGAAAUUCAUUGCCCAGGCCAUAUUUUCUUCAGGAACUCCAUCAUCCUUCUUUGCGAUUGCCCCUGCCCUGGGGAGGUGGUAGCUCUAGUAUCCAGGGACACAGUCUUGGGGAAGGACAUGAACGCUCAGAUCUUAGAAACAGCUACACUUCUUCGGAAAGGUACUGCGUAUUCUCACAUGGAAACAAAACCCAAAAAGAAAAUGGAUGGUCUACUAAAAUCAACAGACUGUCGCUUCCCGGCUUGAUGGGGCAGCUCUGACCACUGUAGGUGGCAAUGGCAGAUAGAAGGGCUCGGAGCUUCUGACCACAGCGAGACGGGUGAUGCGGUCGCUGGCCUGCUUCCCUGCAGCUCCAUGUGGUUUGCUUCCUCCAUGACAUUUUCAGAGGACCUGUGCCUCCAUGGAAAGGCUUGGGUUCCCUCUAUUCUGGUGGCGUGCAAUCAGUCCAGAAGAUUUUAGUUGUGGGACUUCUGGAGACACCUUAGUCACAUUCACCAGACGCUAUUAUCCCUACGAUUAUUUCCGUGAUUGUGUGAAUACUAAUUAAUUAAAAAAAUCACUACAGCAUAUAUGAAAUAUCAGUGAUAGACCUAGUAAAUAAGUUAUUUUAAUAGUUUAAGCAAUGAAAGUAACUGAAUGCCCCUUUUAAAUUCAUCAGUGAAACAACAAUAAUUUAUGCUUCACCGUGGACGAGGUUUUUACACAUAUUUUCUUUUCUUUGUAGUGCUGGGGCUUGAACCCAGGGCCUUAUGCAUACCAGGCAAGAGUUCCAAGACUGAGGUGGAACCUCCGGUUCAUAGCAGAUAUGUCUCCUUCAUUUUAUUUGUUUAUUUCUUUGGGAGAUCAGGUAUCACCUGACUAGCCCAAAAUUCAGGUUAGGGCUCUUGCUCUCAAUCCUCCUGCCUCGGCCUUAGAGUGCUUGGAUGACAGGCCUGGGCCACCUUCUCUGGCUGCAGAGACAUUUGUAAAGUCCCAGUCCAGGUCAUCUCCUCCCCUUUCAGUGGUCAGAGAACAGACACAGCCCAUCUCUAGCAAAGGCCUGCACUCCUCAUUACCCCCUCAGCACAGCCAGCAUGGUAGUUGGGCUCUUCUUUUUUGUGUGUGUUCUUGCCAGGCAACCUUCUCCAGAUGACUCUGUUCCUGCCAAAAGGAGCUACCGUGAAGGCUCCAUCCCUGAUCAUCCCUCGAUGUGUCUCGGGCCAGAUUCCCUGCUCAGGAUGCUUUAGGACCUAGAAGAGUAGGGAAUUUUUUUUUUUUCAAUUUCAAGUGGCCUUUUGCCUCCUGUAAAAAGCUCAUUCAUGUCUGCAGUCCAGAGGGAUGUGUAGACCACACAGCAUCAUAACACCCACGUUUUUUUCCCCCUACCCAUCCCCCCCCCCCUUUGCUAGGUUAGGUCAUAGAGAGGGUACGAGGGAAUUGGAGAGCAACCAGGAGGUUGUGCUGUGGCCAGUGCAGACCCUUGGAGAGGCCUGGAUGCUGUGAACCCCCUGACUUCCAGUGGUACCCACUGGCUGGCGCUGGGUGUUCAGGCAUCCGCAGUGGUCUGUGCUUAUGCAGCACAUCCCAGCUCGGGGAUGCUGCCUCCAGAGGCUCCUGCAGGCAGUUCCAGCUCGCUUAGAUCUGCCCUUGCUAGUGGGAGAGAUUUACUGGAAGCCCUCAAAGGCAAAGCAGCUCAGGGGCUUGAGGUCUAUUCUUUGCUUUUCUCUUUCUUUUUUUUCCCCCUCUUUUUCUUGCAAGUUUUAUUUUUGACCCAAAAUAUUAAAUUUCCCGGGGAUGGGGGAAAAAGCAGAGCCGUUAAAGAGAGAGGACACCCUUUUAUUAACCAAGAAGCAGCUCUUUUGAAUUACAGAGGAGAAUUUGACCCCUUUUGAAAGGAAAUAAAGGAGGAACCCCAUGUAAGGAAAGCAAGAAAAGCUGAUGUUACAUUUUCUGUGAUUACUCAUAUCCGAGGCUGGAGCUCCGGGAAGUCGGCUAUAAUGGAAUUUUUUUCUUUUUUUUUUCUUUUUGUUUUUCCUCCUCUGAGUUGUGUCUCUGCUCUUCUUCCUCUCCUAUGAGAGAGAGUAAGGAGUAGUUUGUGCUUGAUGGGAAAGAAUACUUGCUUUCUGACUUGCCAUCUCCCUCUGACUGGACCCAGGGUCCAGGUUGAAGGACCGUGUAAUUAAUUCUCUUAACCAGGGAGCUGUUAAGGCUCAGAGAGGCAGGAAGGGAAUGGCGCAGCAGGGUGUCCCUGAACCCAGAACUCGGCCAGCUUGCACCUGAGUUUUGACACCAGCCUGUAACAGCAGUGAUCAGCUAUAAAUAAUUCACCUCCAGAAGUGAAAAGUCGAAAGCCUCGGUAGAGGUUCACAACCAUUAGUCGCCGUUUCGUUGGCAUCGUUUAAAAACUAUUUUCCUGCGUAUACUGUGUGAGUUUCUAGGAGCCUGGUGCAUACCCUGAGACCCAAAUCAGAGGUGCCACAGCCCUGGCUGCAUUCAGCAGACGUGUGCGUGUGUGCAUGUGUGAAAACUGCAGGGUAUGCCUGUUGCCAGGUCUCGCCUCCUUCCCCGCACCCUGGAAGAUGCUCAUUGUAGUUUCUUGAUACUUAAGCUCUGCCUGCAUAAGGUGCAGCAGGCACCUGGUACCUUCAUCUGGGCAGUGAGAAAUGACCAUCGUUUCUUCCUUCUUGCUCCGAGCUUAGGUGACCAAACCAAGAAGUAAUUAGACAAUUAGUGGUGACAAAGAUGGGUCUGUUCUUCCUUCCUUAGUUUUAUUUUAGUCCGGUGUGGUGUCUGCAUCUUAAUAAGAUUCCCAUUUAUGUUGUGGUAGAUGGGCCCACCAACCCUACGAGCCUUUUUGGAUUUAAUGACAAAGCAGGGCCACUGGCUUAUCCAAAAAUGUGGUGUCUGGAAGUUUAAAUGUAGACACACACAUAGUUCUUACAAGAAGUGGAUCCUCCAGUCUCAGGCUGAGAUUGGUGAGACGUGUUUGGAAGCCACUGCAUUUAGGUGACAACUGAAAUAAAGGUUUUGAAAGGAUAUACAGAAAGUUGACACAUCUGAAGCCUGCCUCUUCAGGGCUGUCUCCUGUGACUGUGGUUGCAGAUAAUUCUUUAUUCUUAUUUGGUAAUACGCACACCGUUUAAAUGGUAUGGCAGUUAAUCGUGAUUGUUUUAAAAUAUAAUUUCAUAGAUGGAGCUUUUGUAUACCAGGUAGGCCUGACUUCUUAUCAUAAAAAAUAAACUCUACAAGUUCCUCUUUUAUUUGUUAUUGGAUAUAAAAUAAGGCAGUUUCCACUAAUAAAAGAGGGACCCGUUAUUGGUGAUUUUACUGAGACAUUGUGUUUCAAUACUGGUGUUUCAAUACUGGCUAGUCGUGCAAAGGAACCUUGUCUAUGUAAAGGUGCAAUGCCCUACAGGUUGAGCUACUUAGACAGGACCCGGGUCUCAGGAGCUAGAUGGUUCUGCAACCUUUCCACAUGAGGAGUUGACCCUCAAGGGCUACCUUGGCCAGGUGGAGGUGAUCACAUGGCCCUCUUUCCACUUCUGAUGUUAUUCAAACACAUUUGGGUUCUCCCAGAACACAGACUCAAAGCAGCUGCUAGUGCUACUGACUGUAGGCCCCUGGACUGAGCGAGUUAACUGCUCAUUGAAUUUAUUCCUCCCACUUCUCAGCAAGGUAUGCUGGGAUUGAAUGGGUCCUCCACUCAGGGGUUCUGUCUGAGGGCCUAGCAAAAGUUCUCUUUCUUUUGACAGAGUUUAUAGCGAUGUUUUCUUAAUUAUUCUUGAUGUUUUGCCCAUUAUACCAUUAGCUUCUUCAGAGGACAGAGAUAAAUAGCUGGUAUCCACAAGAACAAAGUGUGAACUGAAUGCAUUUAAUUAUUGAUAGCUCGGUAGCUAAAGGUUCUGAAAUGAUGUUGUCAAAUGCCUUGGUGAGUCGACAGCAGAUGUGUUGGUCUGCACGCACAACUAGAGAUGGGGCACCAGUAAAACUCAGGGAAGGAACGCCAUUAAGCAAAUAACGGACUCUAGCCGUUCAUUUUCCUUAAUUUGUUUCCCAGUAUGAUUGGUUUCGUUCUCUGUGUUAGAUUUUGAGGCUUAGGAGGUUUGCAGGUUUUUGUUUCUCUGCUUUUAAAAUACAUGACCAUGUAUUGAUUGCAUGCAUAUUGUCAAACUAUUGUUUUUAAGUAAACUCACUGACCCACUUUCAUUUCUACUGCUUCUUAUAUAUGUGUACACGUGUGUGCAUUAAGUAUGUAUACGGCUUUGUUGAAGUCGGUGUUUUCACAAUCUUAGUCCUAAAAUGGGAAUUUGAAAGCCACUGGCUUUAUGCUCAUGUUUCCAAACAGGAAGAAGCCACACGCUCACGAGUUCCCUUCUCCCUCCUCAUUAGCGACCAAAUUCGUCUUUAUGCACAUGCAAGUAAGGACUUCCCGUGUUUAUCCUGACGUGUCGACAGAACUCGUCACAUUUUCAAUUAUCUCACUUCUUCAUUUUGCUUUCUCUCCCAAAUGUGGGCUAUGGUUCCCACGGUGGAAAACACAAUGGAAAUACCUCGCCAUCCUCUGGCGUGAGUAGAAAGCUGGUGGGUUUCGCCCCUAGGAAGUAUAGUUACAGAUCUGAAAGAAUUUUACUAACACGUGUCAAAUGGUUACUGUGGACCCAUUUUCCCCAUCUUGAGUAUUUGACUAGUGGCAUCAUUCACCGAGACGCUUAAUUAUAUUUUUUUCUAAUGGCUUUGGACUCUUGACAUUGAAGAAGAGGAGGAGGAAGAAGAGGAAAGGAGAAGAGGAGGAGGAGGAGGAAGAGGAAGAAAAAGCCGAGAGCUAUAGCACCAGAGCUUAGGCAAGGAACGCCCCCUGCUAACACCAGGCAUACCCUCCAGGUUACCUUCUGUAUGUAUCGAACAUACAGCCAGCCCAUGCUGCUCGCCUGGACUGUCAUGUUUCCCUGCCUGUGCUGACUGGUCCAUAUUAGUAAGAUGUCCUUUGGAACUUAGGGCUGUGUGAGAGUCUGGAAGGAUUUUUUUUUUAAACUUGAGUAACUGUUUACAGUGAGAGAGUCAAAGAUGCAGGCACUCCUACAGCAGAGCUACGAGUGCUGGCUGAAGCCGUCUUUCCUAAUGCAGCCCGUGUUCUCCCAUCUCCCUAACAGCAACAAACCCGCUGCUUCCCCAGCCUCCCUGGAAAUUAAAUAACUAGCCUGUGUGGGAGGCACACACUCCACGGCUUGCUGGGCUACGUCAGAGAGGUCAGCCCCGCCCUUGAUGCGGCAGCUCAGAACAUCUGUGCAUCCCUAGCUGUACACACACACACACACACACACACACACACACCAGGCUUGUUUGUACAUAGGUCUUCUCUAUAGCAGCUACAUAUAUAAGGCCCUGAACAGUUUGACAGUCGUUUCCCCUUAUGUGAAACUAAAUGCAUUUUAAUUUUUUUUUAAUUAUAAAGGUAGUAAUUCGUAUGAUAGAAAAUCUAAAUAAGUUCGAGGACACUUAAUUAAUGGAGAAAUCUUCGUUCAACCCCAGUUCUAUGUGUCCCUCCUUAGGGAUGUUAGCAGUUUGUGGCACACCCUUCUGAAGACAUAAGCAUGCAGAUAUGUUCUGUUUUGUACCUUUCUCUUAUAUAUAUAUAUAUAUAUAUAUAUAUAUAUAUAUAUACAUAUACAUAUAUAUAUAUAUACACACACACAUACAUAUAUAUACUUACCAUUUAUUUUUACACAUAUAAAGUUACAACUCACGGGCAGGAUGUAUGGACAGAUGUGUAAGUGAUAUAGCAAAUGAAGUGAAAUGUGGAAUUUGGGGUCUGUGUAGUGAGUCCAUUGAUCAGCUUUCAACUUUGCUAUGUGUAUUUGGUUUCAUGAUAAAAUAGGGAAUAUAUUGUUAUCGUCCUAUCUGAAUUAUAUUAUGUAUAAUAUGUAUGGUGUAGAGCUGUCUCUUGCUUUUUAAUGGUGGCAUAUUACUCCCGUGUAUGAGAUCUCUCCUAUGUAUGCGAUUACUCCUAUGUAUAGGGUGUUUUGUUGCUGUUAUUUUGUUUUUUGCUUGUUUGUUUUUUUGUUGGUUUUAAUUUUUUCGUUAUUUAUUUAUUUAUUGUUUUAAAAGCAUGUUGCUUUUCUAUUUAUUUUUUAAAGUCAUGGUCUCACUAUGUAGCACUGGCUUGCCAGGACCUCACUAUGGCUGCAUGAGUUGUUUCUUUGUUUUGUUUUGUUUUGUUUUGUUUUGUUUUGUUUUGUUUUGUUUUUGAAUGUUUUAAGACAGGGUCUCAUUAUACAGCCCACAACUGAUUUCGAACCCACCAUUCUCUUGCCUCAGCGCCUAGAAUUCCAGAGACUCUAGGCAUGUGCCACCAGGCCCAGUGCAUCGAGUAACUCUAUCAAUAAACAUUUGAGUUACGUCACCAUAGAGAAGGCCCUUCUUUGUGAGACAGAACACUACAGACAAAAUUGUUAGCAGAGAUUAGUUUAGCUCCUGAAAGAAUGUAUUCAAAACUAUUGCUUCCCAUCACCGCCUGCUUGUGUGUUCCUGGAGCCCCCCAAUCCACAGCUUAGUUUAGGAUUGCAGUCAGAGACCCCCCCUCCUAGGGCUCAAUAUGGGCUCAGCACAUCGUCAUACGUUUCAAAGGUGUGUGUAUGUGUAUAUGUGCAUAUGUGUGUGUGUGUGGGGGAGGGGUUGGAUGUGAAGUUUGAAUGUCCUUAUUAACUUUAGAAGUCCUUGGGUUUGUUUGUUUGUUUGUUUGUUUACAUUUCUGGGUGACUACAGAUGGGUUUAAGUUCACUGUCUGUGACACAGAUGGUCUCAUUUGACGGACAAGAAAAGAUCAAGAGUGGGAAAGACACCAGUGUAAGUUGUCAUGGUGCUCCUCCCACCUUGGCUUGAAACCUUGGCAUGAUCCUCUGGGGCUGGACCAUGGUAGGCUUCUCCACUGGCCUCCCCAUUACCUGAGGGUGCUUAGAAAGCCAGGCUGCCGAGACAGCCAGGUGAGUUCCUGCCGAGUACUGCAGAGGUGGCUGUCUCCAGCCAGGAGCUUCUCAGAAAACGACCGUGGAAUGCUGCAAAAGUCCUUUUGGGUUUUGGCUGAAUAAUAUUUAAGGGUUUUGAAAGAGUGACUUAAUUGUGUUUUUAUGUAAUUGAUGGCGUUCUAGUAAAAUGUAUCGAGACACGGUAUCAGCGUUUCUCUAACUGUUCCUUGGAGAAAAAUCUCUGCUCAUAUGAAAAUGGUUCCUUCACUUUCCACUCAUGGAAUUGUGAAAAAUGAAAAAAAAAUCACUGGCUUCCUCUGAAUCACUGUACCUAGAGGACUCUCUCAUUUUAAAAUGUACUCCCCCACUCCCGGACUUGGCCUGGAUACCACAGGGGUACCUCAUCAUUAUAAGAUUGCGGCUUGGGAACCCGGGGGCCUGCUAUGUUAGACUUGGGGCAGGAUGCUGUGUGGGCAGAUUUCGGGAAGCUUCCAUGUGCCCACAGGUCAGUUGGUACUAGGCUCCAGACUGAGGACCUCCUAACUGGGGACUCGUGAGUUCCUCAGAGUUCUUGCCCACCACAACCUGUUUUGGGUUUGGAAGACUGUGGCACAUAAAGCUACAUUGCAAUGAUGCACAGUCUCUUAAGCCUCGGAUCGAAUUUGAAGACCAUAUCACCUUGCUUGCUACCAUAGAAAUCGGGGAAUGUAAAUGUACAUUCUCAGCUUUCCUAACGUGACAUUUGUUUAUAUGGGGGGGGGGGGAGGUUUGCAUACAUUUCGAUUCCCCCCCUUCCUUCUUUCCUUCAUCUGCUCCCCCUUUCUUGUUUUUUCUAGAGGUUCACUAUCUAACACAGGCUGCCCUUGAACCGAGGCUAGCUUCUGCCUUGGUCGCCUCAGUGCUGGGGUGAUCUUACUGUGUCGGGACUGUUGGGCUUGGUGCUUUGAUUUUGUUUCAGACCUUACUACAUUGAUUCCAUUCUGGAAAAUCAAACCGUAAUCAUGAAAAAUGAAAAUAUAUUCGAACCCCAGAUGGAGCUGAGAGCUGAGUUCUUUAGUAGUGUGCACAUGGCCUUAGCUUCCAUUCCUAGCACCCCUCUCUCUUUUCUGUCUUAUUUUAAAAUAAAAAGUAUGUUAACCCUCUCUCAGUUUUCUCCAUCCCUCCCUUCAUCCUUCCUUCCCUCCCUCCCAUCCUUUCUCCUUUCGUUCCUUCCUCCCUUUCUGUGGUGCCUGGAAUGGAAUGAAAGGCCUUGCAUGCACAUGCUAGGCCAGCAACAUGUCUCCAGUCCCCCCAGUUAGUUUCUAAUUACAGAAAACUCGCAAGUCUGCUAAAUUACAUUGUAAUAGUAGUUACAAUAAUAAUAAUUGUAAUUAUAAUGCUUUGAAAGUACCAUGGGUCACCCUCCUGGUGGCCGCAAGCUGUGUGCUGCUUCCUGGAGGCCCUGUGCACUAGGACCUCCGAGGGUCUAACCACUACGAACACGCGCACUAGAAGAGAGCCGGUGUUCAACGGUGGGUGACACCCGAGUGUGGUGGUGAGGGUGACCCUCGUGGCCCGUGUCCCAUAGGCCUUUUUCGGGAGGGUUUUCUUACUGAGUCAGCCUGAGUGUCACCAGUGCGGUGCAGUGGGGCUGCCCCUGCUGGGCCCUGGGAGGAGAACCCCAGGUAGACAAGACUGGAGCAUCUGCAGCCUGCUGCGCUGCCGUGUGUGGGGGAACAGCAGGUCCAGAUGCACAGCCACAGCUGCAGCCUCCGCCACCGUGUGGGAGAACACACCUUCCCUAGGUGUGUAACGGGGCGGGAAGGUGACUGCAUAGAGUCUUCUGUCCUUGGGCUGGAGACUGCAGUAGCUCUGCCUUGGCAUGUCACUUAGCAGCUUCCUGUGAUCUGCAUGUGGCCCUUUCUCAGGGCAUAUCAAGGGGCCGGCCGGCAAGAAGCCACCUGGGUAUCAUAAACCAACUGCAUAGAGUUCUCUGACACUGAAUCCUCACAGGGUGAACAAGAAAAACCACAAUGAAAAUAAAGAAGAAAAAUAGUGUGUGUUGAUGCCUCCUGCUUGGUCCUAACUGGCAAACCUUGUGUGUCUUGACGUCUGAAAGACAUUUAAUGUUUAAUAAUUAGACCUCUUUACAGGAGCUCCCUGAAUAAUGACAUUUGUAGAGCCCUCCACAUCAAUGAAUAGAUCGCCAAGACACUGGAGCAGAGGCUCACAAACACACCCUUCCCAGGAGGGUCUAGGGGGCCCAGUAGCAGUGUAGCAGUGGGCACCUCUCAGCCAGAAUAGAAGAACUAGCUUUGGCUUCUGGUUUUGCGGAUAGGCAGUCACCCAAUGGUCUCGUUUCGGUGUUAAGGAGUAGGACGUGUGUUUGAAACAAUUUCCACAUGUUUUCAAUUCAGUAUUGCCUGAACAAAACUAAGGUUGUCAGUCUGAUGCACAGGUCUCACACACACAUGCAUGUGUUCCAGUAGGAGGAAAGGAGCAGGUCACAAUGUGAAAGUUUAUUUCCUCUCUAUGGCCACCUCUGCACCUGUAUUUUCCAAAGUUCUCACAGCAGACCUAUGCUGCCAGACACUGAGGCUUAGCGUUGAGGGUGCAGCAGCAGACACUUGGUGGCCUGGCAGAAGAGAAGCCGUUAGUCACUCAUUCAAAGAUAAAGCUCUCCCACUUUCACCACUGUGUGGAAAGAAAGCGACUCCAUUCACACAGGCCCGUGGUCACAGGGAGGUGAGGCGGACAUAGCUCCCGCUGGCUGGACUUAACCUUGUUGCCUGAGUUUCUGCCACCACGGGCUUCCCUGGGUAUAUGCUUUGGUAUCGGUGGGGUUUUGUGGGAUUCCAAGAUAAUCUAGAGGCUCCAAACUGGUCUUACUCAGAGGGACCAGAAAUACAUUCACUAGAUGGCUAAGGUUUUAAGCACUUUUAGUACCUGAGUAUGGUGGAUGGCACCUGGGACUUCGCCGUGAGGAGGUUGAGGGAGGAGGAGGUCCAAGUCAAAGCUGGCUUGGGCAGCAUAGGUAGACUAUUAGAGAAAAAACAAAGACAAAUAAAAAAUAACCACUACAACCACCAACAAAUGGAAAAAAAAACCCAUCCAGGGCAGUAUCUUAGGAGCAUCACACUGGUGAGUUGUGAACUGUCUGAAGAUCUGUUUGCCUGCCGAGCACCGCCAGGCACAUGCGAGCCUUCGUCACGAGCACUUUCCUUUCCUACCUGUCUCUACAUCAGAAUGAUGUUUCGGGUUUGUUCAUUUACCUUAGAAUUAAACAGGCAGCAAAGGUCUGAGGGCAUGGACUAUCAGGUAUUCUUUUUGUGUGUGCACGUCGCAGUGUCCUUCAGUACCAGCUCCUCACAUCCUUUAGGAACUGAAAAGUGCAACUCCAGCCCAGUUUCGAGUUUUGGAAACCUUCUGCCACAGAGGAUAAAUCCUAAGGCUGCUAACGGGGUAUCCUGAUUGCUCCCCAUGCUUGCUGGCCAUCUCAGUGGGACCCUUCCAGAAGGGAACACAACACUGCACGAGACUCAGUAAGCUCUUGCAGCUGGAGAUGCGAAUACUCUGAAUGGUCUGGGAACACCCAGACCCGUAGCCCCGCUGAACCUGUCAUUCUCAUCCGCCCAGAUCCAGCGCCCCGAAGUUAGGAAUGUUUUAGACUCUGGUGGUGUGGUCCAGAACAGGCCUGUGAACUGCAUCUGGCCAUGACUUCAUUAUAGCAUGCCAUCAAGCAAGUUACUGAGGUCAUCCUGAGUUGAUGCCUCUAUCCAAGAAAGGCAGACCAGAUCAGAAAACAUGCUACCCCGAGGAGAACACCACAGACAUCUCCUAAAGAUGGGUUCAGAGCAUAGAACAAAUCUACCUCACACAUGGUCUCAGAAAGUUGUCUUUCGGUUGCCCCCCCCCCUUUUGGGGGGUUUAGGAAAAAUGGUGGCUACUGCUGAGGAUUGAAUCCUUGUGCCGUGCAUGUGCUGAGCUGUGUCUCAGUUUCUCUUUUAACUUGGUGAGGUGAGUCCCACUAGGUUGCUCAGGCUGGCUUUGAGCCACCAGUCUUGGCCAUGGUGGUCUUGCUUUGGCAGUUAUUCCAGCUUAGCCUGUUGAGUAGUUGGGCUUGCAAGCCUAUGUUAUUAGGUACAGCACAGCACAUAUAUAUUUUUUAAGGACCUAAAAUGAUAUUCACACAAUGGAAUAUUGAAAAGCAUUAUAAAGAAAGGACCUACACACAAGAUGAAUGGGUCUGAGAAACAGGAGCAUUCAAAGCAAACCAAAGACCACAUACAGCCGGACAGUCAUUUUUUAGGAAUCUCAGAAAGCAACAUAAAACGAUCGUUGUUUUAGGAGUGGAGGUUCAUGCAUUGGAGCCCAGAGAGGCCCUGUGUUUGAUUCUCAAGUUGGCUGAGGACUUGGUUUGUAGGUAUUUGUUUCCUUAUUAUGCUGAACAACCUGCAUACAAUGUUCUGUUUAUUUUCCACUGCUUCCUCCCCACUUUUUCUUCCUCUGUCUUUCUUUCCAGGGUCUCCCUUGAAUGCCAGGCAGGGCUUGAGCUGGGAUUACAGACAGGCACACCCUGGGAACUGAUUUCAUGCAUCCGUGUACCCUCUGUUACCUAAGCGGCAUUUCAGGGUGCUUUCUCACACCUGUCCUUCAGAGCUUACAUUUCCAGCCUUCAGCUCUGAUCUCUGAGCCGCCCUGUAAAACUCCAUCAUAGUUUAGGGUGUUUAGUAAAUAAGUCUUCCUGCUCCCUCUUCCAGCUGUUGGCUUUGCCAAGAAGAGGUAUGCAAAGGACAGACCGUGCUGUAUGGUCUCGGGGGCUCCAUCUUCAGAGUCCAUAUACGUCAGCUAGUUAACGAAGCCAGCCUUCCCACUCCAGCAGCUAGGGUCUUAGCAACCAGAAUAGGAGACUGGAGUCCAUGUGGAUGGAUACAUAUCCAUCUAUCUGCUAUCUGGGGUACAGGAAAGGGAGGCUGGAGGAUCUUGAAUUCCAGAUCAGUUUGGGCUACCUAAGGAGACCAAAGCCUUGGGGAGGAAAAACCAGAGAGAGUAAGCUGAGCUUCAGUUUCCCAACCUUUGGAGAUGCUGGAGAUAGGCUUUGUUGCUUUCGUUUUUUAAUGUGCUCUGAUUGUUUGUGUCUCACAUCGCGAUACUAAUAAUUAUUAAAAAUAAUUAUAAAUUCCUGACAGAAACUUUACCUACUCAAAACAAUGGGCAAAAAUCCUCAUAGGGGCUGGGGUGGGGUGGGGGACAUCAUUUUUCUGUAUUUUCAGCUUAGAAGGCGUCUCUGUUUAUAACAUUCUUUUUCUGAAGCCACGUACAUACUCUUGGCAGCUGCUAUUCAUAGCCUGCUUGUUUUCGUGGCUGUUGCUACGUUGUCAGGUGGCGACCCAGAGUUUACCAGAGUCUUUUGGGUCUUUUUUUUUAAACCCCCCACAGGGAGUGAAAGGUUUGAUUUUUUUUUUCUCCACAGGACACAAUCUUGAUGCCCGAUUUAGAUCCUGGUGGACACACCCAGGCCGAGAGCUUCUCAGGGCUGGAGGAUGUGAUUAUUGUUGCAGAGUGAGCUGUGACCCCUUAGGGAUGUUAGCCGUGGCACCAGGCUGGCAGCGGCUUGCAGGUCCGGUGGGUAUACCGCAGCCUGCUCCUGGGGAUAGGCAUUUGCUCCAGCCUAGGUCACCACAUCAUUUCCUCCCAAUAAUGGAGGUUUUUAUCAUCUGGAGAUGGAGACUAAGGAUACUUUUAUUGAGUCAACUUCCUUCGAAGUUUCUAAGCCGUAGUUGGGAUUAUGACAUAAUUGUUUUACAUGUUGACACCACCUUUUAUCGUAAUCGCUUUGCAUUGUUUUUUGAUAAAGGGAUAAAAAUAAUAGGCGACAUUUGAGAAAGCGGAGGGAAUUUUUGUUCUUUUAUUCAUGAUACUAAAAAUUACCCAAAAUAAGAUAUUUUACAAAAAAGGGAUUUUGUUCCAAAAGUGACUAAUUUAAAUCAGUUUAUACAAUGAACUUGCUAAUGAUCCGCAGUCUCGAAGAGCUUAAUGCCUUUAUACUGUUAUCAUUUUUUAUGAAUAGAAUUAUACAAAAAAGUUCCUAUUGUAUUGUACAGUGAGUUUCACACAACCAUCCUUUAUCAACAGAUGGCAACCAGCACAUGAAAAAUAAUUAAAAAAUAAAAUGAAAAGAAACCAAGAAUGAAUUAAAGUGCUUCUUUGCGUUCUGAUCUGCAUUUUUGGUUUAGAAUUUUUAUGGUGAAUUGCCAUAUUAUCUGUUAUAUCAGUUUACAAUGAGGCUCCUAUCAGACAUAAAACAGAUUUAUAACACCAUUAAAAUACAAUAUCAAAGAAUGAAUAAGCAAUUCAAUAAAAUUACAAUAACACGAAGAUAAAACGAAAGCCUUUUCAAUAACAGUUUUAUGCAAGAACAUUUUGCAGAUAAAUAUGUGUUUAUAGAUCUUUUAAAUGUACAUUUAUUAUAGUGUUCCUAAUAGAGCCACAGGGGUUAAUUUUUCCUGUGUGUUGUCUUUUAUAAGUGGUUUAAAAGCUAGCUGCAAAACUCUUCAAUAGAUUGUUUUGAGUCUUCGAAUUGAUUUUGGUAAAGGGAGCUUUUACAGUCCUUCAGCCCAAUGUUCACACACAAACCAGUCAAUAUGGCCGGGCCCCCUUGCUCAAUGGGUGCCUGGAGGCUUCCCCGUACCACCUGGGACCCAGACAUGAAAGAAACAGGGAAGGAGAAGUUUAUAAUGAUUUUUUUUUGAGUGCUCUUUUCACCUCAGAUGUUCAGGUCUGAUGUUCAGAAAAAUAAAAAAGAAAAGAAAGAAGAAGAAGAAGAAGAAGAAGAAGAAGAAGAAGAAGAAGAAGAAGAAGAAGAAGAAGAAGAAGAAGAAGAAGAAGAAGAAGAAGAAGAAGAAGAAGAAGAAGAAGAAGAAGAAGAAGAAGAAGAAGAAGAAGAAGAAGAAGAAGAAGAAGAAGAAGAAGAAGAAGAAGAAGAAGAAGAAGAAGAAGAAGAAGAAGAAGAAGAAGAAGAAGAAGAAGAAGAAGAAGAAGAAGAAGAAGAAGAAGAAGAAGAAGAAGAAGAAGAAGAAGAAGAAGAAGAAGAAGAAGAAGAAGAAGAAGAAGAAGAAGAAGAAGAAGAAGAAGAAGAAGAAGAGCAAAAGCCAAAGGUGGCAGGCUUCAUUCUAGCCUAUGUUUCCGAUGAGUUAAAGGCAGCUGCCUUGGUAGAAGAUGACGUAGAGCCGGAGGAACAAGCGGCAGAUGGAGAGCCCUCAGCCAAGUACAUGUGUCCAGAGAAGGAACUCAGCAAGGCCUGCCCUAGCUACCAGAACUCACCGGCCGCUGAGUUCUCCAGCCAUGAAAUGGACAGCGAGUCUCACAUCAGUGAGACGAGUGACCGGAUGGCUGACUUUGAAAGCAGUUCCAUCAAGAAUGAGGAGGAGACCAAGGAGGUCCAGGUGCCCCUGGAGGACACCAUCGUGUCUGAUAGCCUGGAGCAGAUGAAGGCCGUGUACAACAACUUCCUGUCCAAUUCCUAUUGGUCCAACCUCAACCUGAACCUGCACCAGCCCUCCUCCGAGAACAAUGGUGGCAGCAGUAGCAGCAGCAGCAGUAGCAGCAGCAGCUGUGGCAGCGGGAGCUUUGACUGGCACCAGAGUGCCAUGGCGAAGACCCUGCAGCAGGUGUCCCAGAACCGAAUGCUGCCGGAGCCCAGCCUGUUCAGCACCGUGCAGCUGUACCGCCAGAGCAGCAAGCUGUACGGCUCCAUUUUCACCGGGGCCAGCAAGUUCCGUUGCAAAGACUGUAGCGCCGCCUACGACACCCUGGUAGAGCUGACCGUGCACAUGAAUGAGACAGGUCACUAUCGCGAUGACAACCACGAGACCGACAACAACAACCCCAAGCGCUGGUCCAAGCCUCGCAAACGGUCUUUGUUGGAGAUGGAGGGGAAGGAGGAUGCUCAGAAGGUGCUCAAGUGUAUGUACUGUGGCCACUCCUUUGAGUCCCUCCAAGACCUGAGCGUCCAUAUGAUCAAAACUAAACACUACCAAAAAGUGCCUCUCAAGGAACCUGUCACACCCGUUGCAGCCAAAAUCAUCCCUGCUGCUCGGAAGAAACCUUCUCUGGAGCUGGAGCUGCCUAGCUCCCCUGAUUCCACAGGUGGAACCCCCAAAGCCACCCUGUCUGAUGCCAGCGACGCCCUGCAGAAGAACUCCAACCCUUACAUCACGCCAAAUAAUCGGUACGGCCACCAGAACGGGGCCAGCUAUGCAUGGCACUUCGAGGCCCGAAAGUCUCAGAUCCUCAAAUGCAUGGAGUGUGGAAGCUCCCAUGACACGCUCCAGGAGCUCACAGCUCACAUGAUGGUCACUGGCCACUUUAUCAAGGUCACAAACUCGGCCAUGAAGAAGGGGAAGCCCAUCAUGGAGACACCGGUCACGCCCACCAUCACCACCUUGCUGGACGAGAAGGUGCAGUCUGUGCCACUGGCAGCCACCACAUUCACGUCUCCCUCCAAUACGCCCGCGAGUGUCUCCCCGAAGCUGGCGGUGGAGAUCAAAAAGGAAGUGGACAAGGAGAAAGCAGUCCCGGAUGAGAAACCCAAGGAGAGAGAGAAGCCCAGUGAAGAGGAGGAGAAGUAUGAUAUUUCUUCCAAGUACCACUAUUUGACUGAAAACGACCUAGAAGAGAGCCCUAAAGGUGGACUAGAUAUCCUCAAAUCCCUUGAGAACACAGUAACGUCUGCCAUCAACAAGGCUCAGAAUGGCACUCCCAGCUGGGGCGGCUAUCCCAGCAUCCACGCUGCCUACCAGCUCCCCAACAUGAUGAAGUUGUCCCUGGGUUCCUCGGGGAAGAGCACGCCCCUGAAACCCAUGUUUGGCAACAGCGAAAUCGUGUCUCCCACAAAAACCCAGACCCUGGUCUCUCCACCCAGCAGCCAGACCUCUCCCAUGCCCAAGACAAACUUUCACGCCAUGGAGGAACUGGUGAAAAAAGUCACGGAGAAAGUUGCCAAAGUUGAGGAGAAAAUGAAAGAGCCAGAAGGCAAGCUCUCGCCACCCAAGCGGGCCACGCCGUCCCCGUGCAGCAGCGAGCAGAGCGAACCCAUCAAGAUGGAGGCCUCCAGCGACGGCAGCUUCAAAAGUCAGGAGAAUAGCCCCAGCCCACCAAGAGAUGCGUGCAAGGAGGCGAGCCCCUCCGCAGAGCCCGUAGAGAAUGGCAAGGAGCUGGUGAAGCCCCUGAGCGGAGGUCUCAGCGGCAGCACAGCCAUUAUCACGGACCACCCACCAGAACAGCCUUUUGUGAACCCCCUGAGUGCCCUGCAGUCGGUCAUGAACAUCCACCUGGGCAAGGCCGCCAAGCCCUCGCUGCCUGCGCUGGACCCCAUGAGCAUGCUUUUCAAGAUGAGCAACAGUCUGGCCGAGAAGGCAGCUGUGGCCACCCCACCACCCCUUCAGGCCAAGAAGGCGGAGCAUCUGGACCGCUAUUUCUACCACGUCAACAAUGACCAGCCCAUAGACUUGACAAAAGGGAAGAGCGACAAAGGUUGCUCUUUAGGUUCAGGGCUUUUGUCCCCCACGUCCACAUCCCCGGCAACUUCCUCAUCCACGGUGACAACGGCAAAGACAUCUGCCGUCGUAUCAUUCAUGUCAAACUCGCCGCUGCGUGAGAAUGCCUUGUCAGAUAUAUCCGAUAUGUUGAAGAACUUGACAGAGAGCCACACGUCAAAAUCCUCCACUCCUUCCAGCAUCUCUGAGAAGUCUGACAUUGACGGGGCCACCCUGGAAGAGGCCGAGGAGUCGACUCCGGCGCAGAAGAGGAAAGGCCGCCAGUCAAACUGGAAUCCUCAGCACCUGCUAAUCCUGCAGGCGCAGUUUGCAGCUAGCCUGCGGCAGACUUCAGAAGGGAAGUACAUCAUGUCCGAUCUGAGCCCCCAGGAGCGCAUGCACAUCUCCAGGUUCACCGGUCUCUCCAUGACCACCAUCAGCCAUUGGCUGGCCAAUGUGAAGUACCAACUUCGAAGGACAGGUGGAACAAAGUUCCUCAAAAACUUGGACACUGGACACCCAGUGUUCUUUUGUAACGACUGUGCGUCACAAAUCAGGACUCCUUCCACGUACAUCAGCCACCUAGAGUCACAUCUGGGCUUCCGGCUACGGGACUUAUCAAAAUUGUCCACCGAACAGAUUAACAAUCAAAUAGCACAAACCAAGUCGCCGUCUGAAAAACUGGUGACAUCCUCCCCGGAGGAGGAUCUGGGGACCACCUACCAGUGCAAACUUUGUAAUCGGACCUUUGCGAGCAAGCAUGCUGUUAAACUUCACCUUAGCAAAACCCACGGGAAAUCACCGGAAGACCACCUCCUGUUCGUUUCUGAAUUGGAGAAGCAGUAGCGUUUGCUCCAGAGCGGAAAUGACUGGAGGAGAAAAUGCUGAAGGCACCUUAAAGCCCCUCUCUGUCUUGUUCUUGGCACACGUUCUUAUGUUCACUGCAGAGGAUUGUUCUGGGCUGGACUGUUCGGUCUAACUGUACAGUGUUUAAUAGAGAGGUGCAUAUAAUCAGCUGUUGUUACUGGUAAAAUAACGAAGGUUAAAACGCAGUGCUAAGUGUUUGGAACUUUGUGUAAAUGGGAUUUAAUUGUGAGCAUCCCCUCGAUGCUUCAAGCUGCAUGCAUUAACAGACGGUUUAAUUAAGCAUUUAUAAGGAAACCAGGCACACUUUUUCCAUGAGACUUGGGUGUGCUGGCAUUUCCCACCCUUUCAUCUUUAGCCCUCUGAGUACUACGAAGCACUUUUGCAUUAAUUUGGUUAAUAAAAAAAAGAUAAUAAUAAAACAAAAUAAUAAUGAAUAAUAAUAAUGUAUGAAACUCUGUUUUUAAAACUCGUUACCAGCUUAGUUAUAAGGAAUAUUAGGAACCUCCAUUUAUGCAGGGGUAUGACACGCCUUGAAAUUUAAAAGAAUAUUAUUUUCACAUUGAAACAUAGAUGUAUAUAUUGUAUAGAUUUCAAACUCUUAUGGGAAAAUGUGACUGGUUAAAUGACCCUUUCUUUCUUGCAUUUAUAACAAGUGUUUUAUGUAUCUGCUAUACUCUGGGCACAAGCCAUGCCUCUGUAUAGUGUAUAUUUCCUUAUCUUUUUCUUUUUUUUUAAGGUUUAUGGUUUUUUUUUUACAUGCAAACAUUGUAAAUUAUACAGAAAAUACCACAGAUAGCAUUUAUAAAAUAUACAGAAGCAUUAUCUCAAAGCAAGGUAUGAUGUUUGUUUUGCUAUACGGCACAUCUAUAUUGAUAGAGGGUUCAUGUUUAAAUUAUACAUAUUUAUUAGCAUUCUAUUAUCAUUUGUUUUGAGGUCAGGAAAUCCAUCCCUGGCAGGCAUCAUAACUAUUUUGCACAUGGUUCUUAAAGGUAUUUAUUAGAAAUUAAAGGAUGCUCAAAGUAAACUCAGUGCUCAAAGGGUUAAGUCUAUUCGAAAAGGAAAAAAAAAGAUUAAAAAAAAAAACCCAACUUGUACUGUAUUUCCUGAACAUUGAUAAAGCCUUUAAAAUGUUUGUACUGUAAUCCUUUGCUUAAAAGUCAAGAGUCGUUCUGUGGGACAGCCCCUUCACUUAUUUAUAAGCCCUCUCGGUUGCUAGUUCAUAAUGUGGGAUUUUUUUCCCUUUCUCUUUUUUCUUUUCUUUUCUUUCUUUCUUUCUUUUUUUUUUUUUUUAAUUUCAAUCGGUAACUUUGUUUUGUUCCUCCUAAUUAUUCUCCCAAGAUCCCACACUGCAGUUUUAUCUUUAGGCUUAUGAAAGGUAACCCGUGGUAACCGGCUCUCCAAGCCAUUCUUGUCUCCAUUUCUGGCAGUUAAUUUGCAGAAAUAACUGACAGCUGACACCAUAUGAGAACCUAUGUAUAAAAUAUUGGCAUGUAAACACCACAGACACCGUGACACACUCUGUGCCCUGUUUUGUUGUUGACGAUGGCACACCAUGAUGUGACUCUUCAUAUAACCCUUUUUUUCUACGGCAGCAUUAAAAUUGUCUUUUUGCUAUAAUUUUGUGUUGCGUUCACAAUUAUGUCUGAGAUGUGCUACGACUAACGAGCACAUUAAAAUUAAAUUGUAUGCGAUCUGUUUA